AUGUCAGCAAGAAAUCAAUCUGGGAAGGUUAUACUGGGUGCUUUGCCACCAAUUAUGGUGCAGUUGAAAUCCAUCAUCGAUGUUUUAAAACAGGACGAGGUCAAGGACAUCUUGAGUGAAUCCUCUACCGACUUUGACCAAGAAAUUGAUUUUGAAUCCUUCCUUCGGAAUGACGAUGUGGAGGCAUAUUUGAACCUACAAGCUCGAGCGAAAGCAAAAGUAGGGGGUUCGAAAAGGGCAUCUGCUUUCCUAAAAAACUCGUCUUCGUUCCUAAAAAGUUCAACAACAACACCUGGCCACACAAUCAGUGAAUCAGAGAAGUCAUAUUACGUUGCCCAUAUCAACAGCUUUCUCGGAGAAGAUUCCUUCUUGAAUGAGUAUCUCCCUAUUGAUCCAUCAUCAAAUUCUCUGUUUGACUUGGCCAGAGACGGAGUUCUUUUGUGUAAACUGAUAAAUGUCGCUGUACCUGGUACUAUAGACGAGGGUGCUAUAAUUACAAAACCGGUGCUAAAUCCAUGGGAGAGGAACGAAAACCAUAUUAUGUGCCUCAAUUCUGCAAAGGCAAUUGGAUGUACUGUGGUUAAUAUUGGGACACAGGAUCUCAUUGAAGCAAGAGUGAGUAAUUAUUGAGUAUGCAUGCAUGCUGUUUUUAAUUUCCAGUUAUUUCGAAUAAAUGUAAUUACAUAGUAAUUAAUCUUGUUAUGUUUUCCACCACAGCCACAUGUAGUUCUUGGAUUGAUUUCUCAAAUAAUCAAGGUAUUAUAUUCCAUUCCAUUUAUGUUAUGAUUAUAUUAUAUAUGUUGAAAUGGAAAAUAAAUCCUCAGAUACAAAUGUUGGCUGACCUUAAUCUGAAGAAUACUCCACAACUUGUUGAAUUGGUGGAGGAUAGCAAGGUAAUUUAUUCUUUGCAAUAUGAUUAUUACAUACUUCAUUUUAAUUUUCUAAAAUAAAAUAAAAAUAAAAUUAAAAUUAAAAUGCAGGAUGUGGAAGAGCUUAUUGGGUUAGCACCAGAGAAAGUUCUACUGAAAUGGAUGAAUUUUCAUCUGAAGAAAGCCGGAUGUAAGAGGGUGGUCACCAAUUUUUCAUCAGAUUUAAAGGUAACAUACAUACAGCAAUAAGUUGUUAACUGCAUAUGAUGUCGGUGCAUGGUUUUGGUUUGGGCUUCCUAUUAAUAUGUCCGACGUACGUACGUACAUACGUGUGCAUGCAGGACGGAGAAGCAUACGCACACCUGCUGAAUGCACUAGCCCCGGAAUUCAGCACAAGAUCGACACUUGAUGCAAAAGAUCCAACUGAAAGAGCAAAGUUGGUUAUCGAGCAAGCUGAGAAGCUUGAUUGCAAGAGAUAUGUUACUCCCAUUGAUAUUGUUGAAGGCUCCACUAACUUGAAUCUUGCUUUUGUUGCUCAAAUCUUUCAGAAGAGGUGCCUUCCUUUCUUCUCUCUCUAGAUCGAUCUCUCUCGUACAGAAAGUUUAAACAAACAAAUGAUUAAAAUAAAUAUUUGUAUCAACGUACAGAAAUGGACUAUCUGUGGACAACGAAAAGAUAUCGUUCGCAGAGUUAAUGACAGAUGAUGCUGAAACUUCACGUGAAGAGAGAUGCUCCGCCUCUGGAUUAACAGCUUAGGAAUCGACUCUUACAUCAACAAUAAUGUCUUUGAGGAUUAUCAGGACAGGG